CGUACGGCCUCACUCAGCCGGCGGCAGCGGAUCAGGCGGCACCGUCUCCCCAGCGCCCAGAGCAGCUUCCCCCGCACAGAACCUCCGCCAUGGAAGAGGAGAUCGCCGCUCUCGUUAUCGACAAUGGUUCCGGCAUGUGUAAGGCCGGGUUCGCCGGGGAUGACGCCCCCCGCGCCGUGUUUCCCUCCAUCGUGGGUCGCCCCCGGCACCAGGGCGUGAUGGUGGGCAUGGGGCAGAAGGACAGCUACGUGGGGGAUGAGGCCCAGAGCAAGAGAGGGAUCCUCACCCUGAAGUACCCCAUCGAGCACGGCAUCGUCACCAACUGGGAUGACAUGGAGAAAAUCUGGCACCACACUUUCUACAACGAGCUGCGGGUGGCUCCCGAGGAGCACCCCGUGCUGCUGACAGAGGCUCCCCUCAACCCCAAGGCCAACAGAGAGAAGAUGACGCAGAUUAUGUUUGAGACCUUCAACACCCCUGCCAUGUACGUGGCCAUCCAGGCUGUGCUGUCCCUGUAUGCCUCUGGUCGUACCACUGGGAUUGUUAUGGACUCUGGGGAUGGUGUCACCCACACUGUCCCCAUCUACGAGGGGUAUGCUCUGCCCCACGCCAUCCUGCGCCUGGACUUGGCUGGCCGUGACCUGACAGACUACCUCAUGAAGAUCCUGACAGAGAGAGGCUACAGCUUCACCACCACAGCCGAAAGGGAAAUCGUCCGGGACAUCAAAGAGAAGCUCUGCUACGUCGCCUUGGACUUCGAGCAGGAAAUGGCCACUGCUGCCUCCUCCUCCUCCCUGGAGAAGAGCUACGAGCUGCCUGAUGGACAGGUCAUCACCAUCGGCAACGAGAGGUUCCGGUGUCCUGAAGCUCUGUUCCAGCCUUCCUUCCUGGGCAUGGAGUCCUGUGGCAUCCACGAGACCACCUUCAACUCCAUCAUGAAGUGUGACGUGGACAUCAGGAAGGACCUGUACGCCAACACGGUGCUGUCGGGUGGCACCACCAUGUACCCCGGCAUCGCCGACAGGAUGCAGAAGGAGAUCACAGCCCUGGCACCCAGCACCAUGAAGAUCAAGAUCAUCGCCCCGCCGGAGCGCAAGUACUCGGUGUGGAUCGGGGGCUCCAUCCUGGCCUCGCUCUCCACCUUCCAGCAGAUGUGGAUCAGCAAGCAGGAGUACGACGAGUCCGGCCCCUCCAUCGUCCACCGUAAAUGCUUCUAAACACGGACUGGCUGGUGGGGCAGCCCCCUGCCCCCUGCCUCCCAGGCGUCUACGUUUGCCCAGGCAAACCCCAUACACCUCGUGCUAGCCUCAUACAACUGGAAUAAGCCUUCUGCCCCUUGGAAAAACAAAAAAACCCAUAAAAAAAUAGAUUAAAUGCUCUGUGCGUGCCCCCUGGCAGCCUCAUGCCAGCGCUGGACGGGUGGUGUCACCUCCUGUCACCCUGUCCUUCCCCCCUGCUCCUGCACCUUGCCUGCAGGGUGUGGGGGGAGCUGGGUUGUGCCGUGAUCCGGUGUGGAAUAUUCCAGGUUUUCCUGUAGAGGCUGGUAGGAGUCCAUCGGGAAUUCACUUCUGUGGCUGCAAAAGGUUGGGGAAUAAUUAAAAUAUACAGAAAAAAAAACCCCCACCC